CAUCUACCUGGACUCCAUCCGUGCUCCUUACCUUUCCUACUCCGUUAUAGCUGUAAUCACCUUAUACUGUGAUCACCUCAUCUCAGCCUUAUAGCCACCCAUCCAUCCAUCCAUCCACUCACAGUCACAUGGGAUCGGACCUGCAAGAGUCGCCGCCCCGUCCAGACCCCACCAUUGCAGAGCCCGCGCGGCCCUCACGCUCCUCACCACCGACUCCCGAGGCCUCCGCCGCUGCAGCUCCAGUGGACGCCGAAGAUGACUGGGCUGGCCUCUGCGACCGCAAAGAGCGUCGACGACGACAGAACCGGCUGAAUCAGCGCGCAUACCGAAAACGCAAACAAGCCGAACGCAACAAUGUCCUAGUCCUCCGACCCUCCCAAUCCAGCUCCCAACAAGCCGAGCGAAGCUCAUCAUCACCACCAUCACCCAAACCCCCCUCCUCCCUCUCCCUAACCCCCACCCAAUCCCGCUGCCUCCAAACCCUCAGCAAUGGCAGUAAUGGCAGCAAUUCCCCCAACGACCCCACCAUGCCCCUCGACAUCCAACGCCUCUUCGAACACUUCACCCGCGUCGCCUACGAAAGCUACUUCCGUGGCUCCCCCUCGGCCGACCACCUCCUCACCCUCAGCAAAAUGAAUGUCUUCCGCGCCUUCAUGGCCAACAUGACCGUCCUGGGUCUAGGCCGCGACACAACCUGGUGCCAAGACGACGAUGCUCUCUCUCUCUUCAACACCCUACCCCCAGCCACAAUCGAGGAAAGCAAUCUCCCCGUUGCAUUACGUCCAACCAAACUCCAAAUCAAAGUCCCGCAUCACCCGUGGCUAGACUUCUUCCCGUUGCCACGCCUCCGCGAUAAUCUCGUCAUGAUGGCGGAUAAAUUCGACGACGAGGAACUGUGUCAUGACGUCAUGGGGUUCUGGGAUAAUGCGUCGGAUACUUGCAGUAUGUUGGUUUGGGGGGAGCCGUCGGAUCCAGCCAGUUGGGAGGUCACAGAGGGGUUUUUGAGGAAGUGGCCGUGGGUGGUUAGGGGGUGUCCUGAGUUAUUGCAGAGUACGAAUCGAUGGAGGCAGCAGAGGGGGGAGAAGAUGAUUAUUAGGUAUUUGUAGUUGGAUACCUAGGCUGGGUUGGAGGGUUAUGUGGAAAUGAACGUGUAUGUGAAUGCGAAUGCGAAAGUGACCAUUCUCUCCUCUCUUUUUACCCAAUACCAAACAACAAUCUUAUCAAC